AUGCCUGAGGACUAUGAGUUGAAUUCAAAGAGACGAAAAGUUCAUCUGGAGGUCUUGGGUGCGCCAAAAUCCAGGGUUACCAUACGCAUAGACAGGAUACCGAAAGACGAACAGCGGAAGACGCUACUCGACCAUUUGAACCAGAUCUUGGAUCGAGAUGAUAUCCUGAAGACUGGUGUCAAUGGGUUGAGCCUACGCGUACACUCGAUUGCCCCAUUUUCCCCAACUACGGAAUGCGCUACGGUCUCAUUCGAGGCAUCAUUGCCAUCCAAAGACCUAGCAUCGCGGCUUGGCUGUGCUGGAAGCGAUUUUCCGUACCAAUACUCUCAUGAUUUUGACGGCCUCACUCCACUGUAUUCUUGCCCUGGGGGCGCCGAGCUCUGCAGUGUCAUUGCGGUACCGGGCCUCGGCAGCCAUGCUCUCGGAUCAUGGAAAACCCCCGGCAGCGAUCAAGUCUGGCUCCGAGACUUUCUCCCACAAGAUCUACCCAAGAUUCGUGUCCUUAUUUACGGUUACGAUACCACGCUCCAGGACAGCGCUUCUAAGCAGUGUUUCGCAGGGCUCGGAUGCACACUGCUAGAAGAGCUAGUGGACUUCCGAACCAGGGACAGUCGUGGAGAAGACGGAGUUCUGCGCAAGGACGGUCCGAAACGCUUGCUGGUGACGAGAGAGUCCGCCACGAGCACCGGACUAGUCGGCACAGCCGACCAAGACAACGUCGAGAUCCCCGCAGACCAUUCAGGACUUGUCAAAUUCCGAUCUCAAGACCGAGGAAGCUAUCGAUUUGUACUGAAGCGUCUCUCCAAGCUUGCAAAGCAACCUCCCAAUAAGGUGUCGCGGAAACCGGCAGAGACUAUGAUGCACUCAACGCAGGAUUGUCUCAAAGCGUUGGCCUUCUCGGGCAUGAAUAGCCGGCAACACGAUAUCAAGAGGGCAGCUGAACACACAUGUGAAUGGCUACGAGAACACCAAGCUUUUAAAGAAUGGUCUUCUCUUCGCAGGGGCAUGAUGUGGAUUGCUGGUCACCCAGGAUCGGGCAAGUCAACUCUCAUGAAGCAUGCUCGCGACCUCGUUGAAGAGGUUUUCAAAGACGAUGCUCUCACAAUCUCGUUCUAUUUUCAUAAUCGAGGAAGCGAUCUCCAGAAGAACUUGCUCGGGUUGUUCCGAUCCAUUCUGCACCAAGUUCUUGAACUAGCUCCCAAGGCGGUUCCUGAACUGCCGGCGUAUUACCAUCGUCAAACGCAGAAUGUGAGCGAAGAGGGCGAGAAAUGGGAGUGGGAUUUAAAUCAACUCCAAGACUUCUUCAAGUUGGCGAUCACGAGAAUCUUAUCGAAAGAUCCCGUCAAUAUCUUCAUUGACGCCCUCGACGAAGCUGGCGAGCCAGCAGCUGCUGAUUUGAUCACCUACAUAUCGGAUCUGAUCUCCAAGCUCUCAGGACACGGACAAAGAUUGAGCGUUUGCUGCUCAUGUCGUUACUACCCCAAUGUCAUCCCAGAGUGUGAUAUUAAGAUACAUCUACAAAAAGAGAACAGAAACGACAUUAUUAAAUACGUUCAGCAUCGUCUGUCGACAGCAACAUCCGACCCUCACCUAGAAGAUCUCGUGUCGACGAGGGCCAAUGGGAGCUUCAUGUGGGCAAGGCUCGUUUCAGAACAAGUGUUGGAGCUUACUCGCCAAGGAGAAACGUUGCGAAAGAUCUAUGCUGAGAUUGAGCGACUACCGUCCGAGGUGUCCGAGAUAUACCGCGAAGUUAUUCUGGCCGCAAAGAAUUACCCAAACACAUUGAGGCUCCUGCAAUGGACUUGUUUCUCCCAAAGGCCUCUGACGAUUUACGAGCUACAGUGGGCAUUGGCUUUAGAAGUCCGCACAGACUGGUCAAUGCAACAAUGUCAGGAGUCAGAAAACUUCGUUCCUCUUCACAGACUUCGUCAGCGGAUCAAUGCGCUUAGCUGCGGGCUCAUCGAGCUGGUUGAUCAUGGAGACCGAUAUGAAACGAGGCAUUUCGCCCAAUUCAUUCACCAGACGGCCAAAGACUUCGUCCUUGAUUAUGGUAUAUUACUUCUCAGCGCGACAAGUCGGUCGCUAGAGAGCGCGAAGGCUUCCUUGCAUUGUAUCAUGGCCGAAUGCUGCCUUCAAUACCUCACCGCAGUACUAUUUCGUGAUGAUAUAGAUGAUCUUCUUUUGGUAACAGAAAAUACGACGGCUAUGGAUGCCGAGGCAAGAGUUGUGGCCAUGUUCCCAAUGAUGCCAUACGCUGCUCAGUCAAUCUUCUACCAUAUGCGAUAUGGCCAGGAGAUAGCAGGUUAUGCUCAGAAUAUUAUGGACAUUCUUCAACGGCCAGAUCCUAACUUUUGCAAGGCACUCGUCAAACUAAAACCAUGGCGGGAAUCCAGAGGACACAGCCUUCAGUCCCCGAAGCAUGAUGUGGGACCAGUGCACGUGGCAUCAGCCUCCGGUCUUACGGAACUAUUAUCUCGCCUUCUCGUCAAUUUCAGCUUGUCGACUAUAGACCAAGAGUCGAAAGGUCGCACGCCACUCUCUCUGGCAGCUGAAUUCGGGCGCGCAGAUGUGGUUCGAAUGCUCUUAGCGACUGGUGAGACCAAAGUCAAUGCGGUUUCAAAACAUCAAUGGACCGCAGCGCACUGGGCUGCUUCAUAUGGUCAUGAGACUGUAAUGAAGCAUCUCAUCGAGACUGAAGCAAUGAACUUCUCCCUGAAGAACAAGAGAGGCUUGACGGCAGCGUUUCUGGCUAUCGAUAAAGGCCACGAGGGUAUCCUCAAGCUCUUAAUCAGGAGCAACCGAUUAGACUUGCGUCAAACAGACCGCGAAGGCCGCACACUACUAUCGCAUGCUUGCACGCGAUCGAUAGGUGCCUUUUCGACGAAUUGUCGAACCACCGACAAAACCAUCAUCCAGCUCCUACUCAAGAAAUGCCCUUCAACAAUUGCCUCGCGGACUGCAUGGACCGGCCCCCGGUAUUCCAUGCAUAUGCUCUGCCUCGAGACUGUUCCGGAGCUUAUCGAGGAGCCAGACAACGGCGGACGCACGCCAUUAUCCUGGGCUGCUUCCAACACGACCUACGAUUGCGCAAAUGUUUUGGGAUCACUUCUCAGGGACAGCAGAACCAACAAGUUUUCAGUAGACAAAAACGGAGCGACAUUACUGCACCAUGCCGCUGCCAACGUCGGUCACCGAUCUACUGAAGUAGUUUUGAAGACAGUCAAACUUGACCUCGAAGCAAAAGAUUCACGAGGCCGAACGCCGCUUUUCUGGGCUGUCAGGGCGGCAUGCAACACGGAUCCUUGGUCGAAGCAUUCUGCAGGAAAGUCGGUCGAAGAAUUGAUUGAACAUGGUGCCGACGUAAACUCGAAAGAUUUUGACAGUCGAACACCACUUCAUUGGGCUAUGAACCGUAGAGACUACCAUGUGGUGCGAAUUCUGGUCCAGAGUGGCAACGCCGACAUCCACUCGAAAGACAAAGAUGGGCAUAGCCCGCUGUCUCUAGCUCUCCAAGCCAGACCCACCACCGCGAUGGAGCAAGAUAAGCAGAGCUUUUGGUCGAACAGCCUCAGAAUCUUUCUCGAGACCUGUUCUGUCGACGUUGAUGAGAUCCGGCAGGAGGACAAAGAUUUCUGGAGUGAAUGGUUGCAACAACCGCUGCAUGAGAUAGCGGCGAAAGGGCUGGCACUCACAAAAUCUUUAAUUGGACCCGAACUAUUGGAGGCUUGA